UCCUUUAUUUUUCUUCUUUUUUUUCCCUUUUUCUUUCUCUCUCUAACACUUGACCCUUUUUUUUUUUCCAGUUUGUGAUUUGUCUCCAUAAAAAUUUCCACUCAAACUCUAAACACCACCACCUCACACCAGACACCAAUAGUAGACUAGUAGUAGUGGGAGAAACCUCAAUUCCUUUCUCUCUCUCCUGCUUGAUAACUCAGCAAUGGCGUUCACACUCUGACAGGAAUACCACAGUUUCAGGUUAACUGAAUUAAAAAAAGAGGGAGGAGGGUAAAAUAAAGGGAAAAAAGAAAAAUGGGUAUGUGUACUUCUAAACCACCGCCGGAAACCUAUCAUUCCGAUCCAAAACCACCGGAAGAUGGAACUAAUCAGCAACCUCCCCCGAGAAAUUCCGUCGAAAGCCAGACAAAAAAAUCCCCGUUUUUCGGGAUCUACAGUCCCAGUCCAGCUCACUACCUAUUCUCAAAGAAAUCACCUCUAUGGUCUCCCGCUACAAAUGCGAGUUCAAAUUCAAAUCCCAACACCCCGAAACGUUUCUUCAAACGGCCGUUUCCUCCGCCUUCCCCGGCGAAACACAUAAAAGCUGUUCUCGCGAGAAGACAGGGGACAGUGAAGCCUAACAGCAGCGGCGUCGGGGGUUCGAUUCCCGAGGGAAGUGAAAGUGGUGGUGGUGCAAGUGGCGUGGGUUUGGAUAAAAGAUUUGGAUUUUCCAAGCAUUUUGGGGAUAAGUAUGAAGUUGGUGAAGAAGUUGGGCGAGGGCAUUUUGGGUAUACUAGGGUUGCUACCGCUAAAAAGGGUGAUUUGAAGGGCCAACAAGUCGCUGUUAAGAUCAUCCCCAAAACCAAGAUGACCACGGCUAUUGCUAUUGAAGAUGUUAGGAGGGAGGUAAAAAUCUUAAAAGGCCUUGCUGGACAUGGCAAUCUCAUAAAAAUUUACGAUGCAUAUGAAGACAAUGAUAAUGUUUACAUAGUGAUGGAGUUGUGUCGAGGAGGGGAGUUACUGGACAGAAUACUUUCAAGGGGUGGGAAAUACUCAGAAGACGAUGCCAAGGCUGUGUUAAUUCAGAUUUUAAAUGUUGUCUCAUUCUGCCACCUGCAAGGGGUGGUACAUCGAGAUCUCAAACCAGAGAAUUUCCUCUUUAUGUCAAAGGACGAAGAUUCAUCAUUGAAGGCCAUUGACUUUGGCUUGUCAGAUUUUGUUAAACCAGGUUUGUCAUUUUAUUUCUUACGCUUUUGCAAAUGGGUUGUCCUCCAAAUCUGUAAUAUGUACUCGUAUAUUGCAGAUGAGAAGUUAAAUGACAUUGUUGGGAGUGCAUAUUAUGUUGCCCCAGAAGUUCUACACAGAUCUUAUACCACAGAGGCUGAUGUUUGGAGCGUGGGUGUAAUUGCAUAUAUUCUACUGUGUGGAAGUAGACCAUUCUGGGCACGUACAGAAUCUGGUAUCUUUAGAGCUGUCCUGAAAGCUGAUCCAAGUUUUGAUGAACCACCUUGGCCUUCUUUGUCCUUGGAGGCGAAAGACUUUGUCAAGCGCAUGCUAAACAAAGAUCCAAGAAAACGAAUUACUGCUGCUCAAGCUCUAUGCCAUCCCUGGCUUAGAAAUCAAGGAGAAGUAAAAGUUCCUCUUGAUAUACUCGUCUUCAAACUUCUUAAGAUUUACAUGCGUUCGUCUUCUCUUCGCAAAGCUGCUUUGAAGGCUCUGUCGAAAACAUUGACAGUUGAUGAACUUUUUUACUUAAAGGAGCAGUUUUCACUACUGCAACCUAGCAAAAACGGAACAAUAAGUUUGGACAAUAUUAAAGAGGCCUUGAUGAAAAAUGCAACAGAUGCCAUGAAGGAGUCACGUGCUCAUGAAAUUUUGACCUCUUUAACUGCACUUCAGUAUAGAAAAAUGGAUUUUGAGGAAUUCGGUGCAGCUGCCUUAAGUGUGUAUCAACUCGAAGCUCUUGAAAGAUGGGAUCAGCAUGCUCGUUGUGCCUAUGAACUUUUUGAGAAGGAUGGUAACAGACCCAUCAUGAUUGAAGAGCUAGCUUCAGAGCUUGGGCUGGGGUCGAACAUACCAGUUCAUGCUGUCCUUCAUGAUUGGAUUCGGCAUACUGAUGGGAAGCUGAGCUUUCUUGGUUUUGUCAAACUACUACAUGGAGUGUCAUCCAGGACUCUCAUUAAACCUCAUUAAAGAUGUACAAUUAUCAUCAUUUGUGGUGCCUCUUAUUAUCGUGGUUUUGUUUCAAGCAAGUGCCGUGUUGACUCAUGCCUAGUGUUCUUCUCGGUGUUGAAUCUUCUGUGGGGGUUGAACGAGGAGCCUGUAACUGGCGAAAACAACAGAGUUGAGUUUUGUAGGUCAGCUCAGUAACAGGAAUUAGGUUAAUUGUGUCUGACCACAAAAUGGAAUGUAUACACCGAUUGUUGUUCAAAGCCAGGGUAAAAAUGCGAUUCAAUUUUCGCAACCAUAUCCUGUAUUUUCAUUGCCAACAACAGAGUUGAGUAUGUUAUAUGGGUUGUAUCCAUAUCCUUCAAGAAUAUAAAAAUAUCACUUGCACAAA